AUGUUGAAUUACAACAAAGGAUCUCCACCUUUCAUCAGAUUAAAGAAGGACAAACAUCUUCUGGACUCUCUGAGACUGGGCUGCCUAAUCGCAUGCUUCAGCUCCAUGGAGCACAUUGAGACCAAAGGCUCAGGAUGCUGGACAGAAUGGUUCGAUAGAGACGACCCUUCUGCAUCUGGAGACUGGGAAACUCUUUGCAGGCUCCGCAAAGAGAACCCUGGAAAGAUCUGCCCUAGACCAGCAGCUAUCGAAGCCAAGACUCUAUCUGGGCUCACUGUGGCUGCAGCAGGGGAUGUGAUUUACAAAAAUGACAUAACUUCAGGAUUUAUCUGCAGAAACAAAGACCAGAUCAACAAUAAGAAGUGCAACGAUUAUCGUGUUCGCUUCAGCUGCUAUCCCCCGUUUUGUGAAAGAGGAGUGUGUUGGACCAGCUGGUUUAAUCGCGAUGAUCCUGGUACAACAGGAGACUGGGAGGUUUUAAGUGAACUGAAGAAACACAACAAAAUUUGUGACAACCCUCUGUAUGUGGACGCUGUUACCACUGACACAAUGACCCCAGCCAUCUACACAGGGGAGACCUUUUACAUGUACAAUCCAACUGAUGGAUUUGUUUGCGGCAAUAAGGACCAGACUACUGGCAAGUGCAGUGACUACAAAGUUCGCUUUGGAUGCCCAUGUAACAACUGA